AUGCAAAGUAAUUUAGUAAACGUAGCAGAAGACGGUUUUUCCUGCGUGAAUGCAGCAGGAGUCAAAGGUAAAUGCUGUUAUAGUUGCAUAGCGUACCUAUCUAUCAUAAUAUUUGCAAUUGCAGCAUUAAUUACAUUCGUUUGUGUAUAUCCACCAGCGAAGGAAAAUAAAAAAAUCCGUAAUGCGAAUAUAUCUAAACUAGAAAAUGUAUCCGAAACCAACAAACAAUCAAUGGAUGUAGCUGACACUAUGAGGCGCAAAAUGCUAGAUAAUCAAGAAGUUGACCUAUAUAAUUGGGAUGGACGAACUAGACCAGAUUAA